GGGUAUAAAAAGUACGCUGGCGCAGGAAACGAAAGAGUACGACAGCUGUUGUAAAUUCCAGUGCGGGAGGCGGGAAAAGAGAAUUUACCAUAGAGAUUCGGCGGAACAGGACGACCAACGGCGGCUCUUGGUUGUCAAUUCUCGAUUCUUUCCGUCGUUGCUACGAGACAGAGACGCGCGCACUGCCAUGGAAAUCUAACUAGCUCAGAACUUUCGAGAGACGCGGCCGAGAAACGAAGCUUUGGCGUGGCGCAGCCUCCAGCAGUUGUCCUUUCCGUAGCUUCUUGCCGCUGAACAGCAACUAGCCGUUAGAGCAGAAGAGCCACUUGAGCCGGAGGAAGGGGACGAAGUUCCCGUUUCAAGCGUGGGGAGGGUUAUUAGCUGGGGAUACUGUUUCAUUUGCGUUUUCAUAGGAUUCUAAUUUGGGACCUUGAAUAACCAUGCCUGUUCCAGAUGUUAUGUUCUGUGCACAGCAGAUUCAUGUUCCACCUGAACUGCCAGAUAUUAUGAAACAAUUUACCAAAGCAGCUAUCAGGACCCAACCCCGUGAUGUUCUCCAAUGGUCUUAUGGGUACUUCUAUGCUUUGUCAAGAGGAGAGCCUCUUCCUGUGAAAGAACGUGUUGAAAUGCCAGUUGCUACACAGAAAAAUGAUACUGGUUUGACCCCUGGCCUCCUUAAAGUUUUGCAUAAACAGUUGUCUCACAAGAAGACUGUGGAUUUACUAGAUCUCCAUAAAAAGUGGAAGACUUUGUGCUUACCAGUAGAACAGCUGCGCAAUCUUCUUCGAUUAGAUACGUUUGAAGAUGGAGUAGAAUGGAUGAAAUUUUUUGCCCUUGGCUGUAGUGCUCUUGGUGGGACCCUGCUCAGUUCGAUGAAGCAUGCAUGUGAAAUUCUGACGCAUGAUCCAGAGGGUGGACCAGCCCGUAUUCCAUAUGUCACUUUUCAGUUUCUCUAUUCCUACUUGGCUAGCUUAGAUGAUGAAAUAACAGAGGAAGUAGCGGAGUCUUUUCUCAAAUCUCUUAAAGAACAAGUGGCACGUAAGGACUAUAUGGUUGGCAUUCCAGAUUUCUCCAGUGUAAAACUGAUGCCUUAAAACAGGAAUAUUUGAGAGUAACAAAUUUUUAGUACAUAACAAAACGUCGUGUCAAAUAGUGUAAUAAAAUUAGAGUUUUCAUUAAUGUAAUCUCUAAUGUGCUUUUCAGUUUGUGAAUUACCAAUAAAAUGUGUACCACCUAAUUGUCUGAAAUCAGAUCAUGGUAUUUUAUGACUAUCGACUGCUCCUUCAACAAGCAGUAUUUAGGGUAGAAAAUCUAAUCAGUAAGCAGUUAAUUGGAGACUUUUUUUUCCAAAUCCAACCUGGCUAUGCCAUCCAUUCAGUGAACAGAACAUCAUAAGUGAUGUAGUAUCAAGUGUGUAGUUCUCCCAGGGCUCUUUCCCGACUCUGAAUUGAAUAAGUAUCUUCUAGAUUUCUCCUGUGCUUGAGAUCCUUAUAUAUAAUGCAGUGGUGAAAUCCAAUUGUUUUUUACUACUGGUUCUUUGGCCGUGGCUUGGUGGGUGUGGUGUGGUGGAUGUAGCAGGGGAAGGAUACUGAAAAUCCCCAUUCCCUCUCCACUCCUGGGGAAAGGAUAUUGCAAAAUCUCCAUUCCCACCUCACUCUGAGGCCAGGCAGAGGUGGUAUUUGCCAGUUCUCUGAACUACUCAAAAUUUCCACUGCCGGUUCUCCAGAACCUCCAGGAUUUCACCCCUGCUUAAAUCAAUGUAUCUUUCAAAAUAUACAGAAAUAAUAAUAUUAAAAAUGGACUUAGAAAAUUGUUUUCUAUUCCUUCAUAAAAUAGUUUAGCUGUUUUUCACCAUACAUUUCUGUACAUGCCUGCUUACGUAUUUGUGUUCCGUUCAUUCUACCUGUGGAAUCCUUAGUGCUCUCUGAGCUUGGUUGUUUGCUUGCAGACAUUUCAUUAUCUUCAGUGUUAGAAUGGAUUGGGAUUUUUCUCUAUUUAUAUACAGUAGCCUCUUAUGUAAUCAUUUUUAUUGUAUAGAAAUAUAUUAUAAAUAGGAUCAGUAACUUCAUUAAUCCAGACAACUUUAAUGUAAGUGUUAGCAAGU